AAUUAUUAAUUUUUUAUUCAAAUUUUUACAAAUUAAUACUUGAAUUAAACUAAGUGAUAUAAUAAAUUCUUUUAAAAAACAAUUUUUCCAGUUAUUUUCUCUUUAUUUUUUAUUUGAAUAUGUCAAAGGAAAAAUUUAUUUUAAGUGGACCAGUAUUAAAAAGUGAAUGGAAUUUCAAAUCUGUUGGUGAAUAUUUUUUUCAAAAAUUUACCGAAAAUGGAGAAGCAAUCGCACUGGUGGAUGCUGAAACAGGAAAAGAAUUAUCAUACAAAAAACUUUUCGAAAAAAGUUUAAAAUUGUCAGUGAUUCUUGAGAAAAUGGGUUUAAAUGUAAAUGACAAAAUUGGCAUUUGCAGUGAGAAUAAUAUAAAUUUUGCAAUUACAAUUUUUGCAAGUAUUUUCAAAGGCGCAACUAUUUGCCCUUACAAUCCUCUUUACACUGAACAAGAAUUAUUGCACGUUCUUAAUAUUUCAAAGCCAAAAUUUAUUUUCAUCUCAAAAUUCGUUCACGAGAAAAUGGAGAAAUUAGUGAAAAAAUUAUCAUGGACUUUGAAAUUAAUUCUUCUUUAUGACAUAGAAAAUAAUUCAGAAAUUCCAAAUAUUUCAAAUUUAAUUUCAAAAAUUUCCAACGACGAACUGAUAAACUUUCAAUUGCCAAAAAUUAACAGAAACGAGCAUAUUUCGAUAAUUGCCUGCUCUAGUGGAACAACUGGUCUCUCAAAGGGAGUAAUGUUGAUGGAUAAAAAUAUUUUACUAAUGAUUCAAAGUCAGACUGAAUGUCUACAUCCUGUCAUGAAUAAUAGAAUGAUUGUUUCGGGAUUUAUGCCAUUGUUUCAUAUUUAUGCAUUAGACAUUCUUUUAUUUACAGUUGCAUUCAAUUCGAAAAUGAUUAUUUUCCCAAAAUUUGAAGAACGUUCUUUUUUAAGGGCAGUGGAGAAAUAUAAAAUUCAAAUUGUCUGCUUAGUGCCGACGAUACUCAUUAUUUUUUCGACAAGUUCAAUGAUUCGUGAAUACGAUUUAUCAUCUGUUGAGCGUAUAAUAACUGCUGCUGCUCCAUUGCCUCCUAAAAUAGGAGAAAAUGCUAAGAAGCAUUUUCCAAAUUCUAAACUUUUUGUUUGUUAUGGAAUGACUGAAACUUGUUUUGCAGCGACAUUUGCAUUAACAGAUUACGAUAUGAAAAGCAUUGGUAUUCUUCAACCAGGCUAUCGUGCAAAAGUCAUUGCACUAAACGGAAAUUCGAGAGAAGCCCUUGGACCGAAUAACGAGGGAGAAUUGUGUUUUAAAGGAGAAAAUCUCAUGAGAGGAUAUUAUGGCGAUGAAAAGGCAACGCGUGCUACAAUCGAUGAAGAUGGUUAUCUUCAUACCGGUGACGUUGGAUAUUACGAUGAGAAAGGAUAUUUUUACAUUGUCGAUAGAGUAAAAGAACUCAUUAAAUAUAAAGGAUUUCAAGUUCCACCAGCAGAGUUGGAAGCUAUUUUAUUUACACAUCCGGCAAUAAUGGAUGCUGCAGUCGUUGGAUUGCCUGAUGAACUCGCUGAAGAAUUGCCUCUUGCUUUUGUCGUCAAAAAACCAAAUGUUGAUGUUUCUUCAGCAGAAAUUAUAAAAUAUGUCAAUGAUGCUGUUUCACCUCAAAAGAAGUUAAGAGGAGGAGUUAGGUUCAUCGAAGCAAUUCCAAGAAGUUCUCCAGGGAAAAUUUUGCGCAAGGACUUGCGUAAUAUGUUGCUCACAACAAAAUAAUUAUAAUUAGCUGUUCAUAACUAAUUAUUAAGAAAUAGAAAUUAACAUAUAUUUAGUAUAAAUUGUAUAGCGAAAUUAUAAAAAUUUACAAUUUUGUUAAUACUUUUUAAACAACUAGCUAAACAAAUUAUAAAUUUUUUUAAUAAUUUCAUAACCAAAACUUUUGAAAAUCCUC